GAAACGUAUUGCUCUUCCAUAUUUGACAUUGUACUCGACAUUUUCUGGAGAAAUUUCUUGGCAAACGCUAUGGAACAGGGCAACAAAGGGAGAGCCACCCGUGGCCCCUAUAGCCUUAGAAGGCAAGUUGGACCAUCGAGGCGUUUUGAGGAUUUUUAUCUGGAGAGACAGACCUUCUCUAAGAAAGAUCUUCAGACUGGGGAGAAGUUGACCUGGAAGUCUGGUGAAGGCUCUGCCUCCAGCUCUUCCCAGAGUCCUCUCCCUGUGCUAAUCUUUUCUGGAGAUACCCUCAGCAGUGGAGACAAGUCUUCAGCUCUACCUAAGGAUGGAUGUGAGCUCACCCUGUCCACUGCCCCAGAGGAUCAGGCUGAACAAGCCCUUGUGAUCUCCAGUGGGCCCCUGGUGAUCAAGCUGGGUUCUCCUGUGGCACCUCUUGCUUCAGUCUGCCUGAGCUCCCGUCAGAGUGACCGAGAAUCUCAACUGAGUUCUCAAACUCCCUUGGACUCCACAUCACAGGCUCCUGAGUUGAAAAAAGCAUCACCGACAAAGGUGAAUCAAACAGCCAAUGACCUGAAGCAGAGGCUGGAGAUAGCAACCAUACUGCUAGAGCUUGCCCAGCAAAUCCCUGCCUUGGUUCCGGAGGUUGGUUGCACCGUCAACUUCCAGCAGCAACUCAACCUGCUAAAGACAUGCAGCUCCAGAGGGAACCCAAACGCCUCUGUGAGGGCACGUGCCCAUCAGGUGGUGAACCAUGACCAUGGCGGAUACUGUAAGAAGUACCCCUCCAUUGAGAGACAUGAGCAGAAGAGGCAGCAGCUCAGCUCUGUGGACACUGGCCCAGCGGUGGGACCUGAGUGGACGGCCGCUAGGGACGAGGAGGACAUGUUCUUCCCCCACUUAGGCGAUUCCUCUCUCAUGGCAGAGGCCAAAGAGCGGAAAAGGAGGGAGAAGGCCCAGAAGAGCAGCCUUUGGCAAAUGGCCGAGCCUGUGGAGGAGCGCUACAUCCAGAACGCUGCCAUUCUUCCGGACCUCCGCCCGCUGCCAUCUGUGGCCCCCUCCUCAGUGGCCCCCUCCUCAGCCCAGAGCAGCUCCCUGAGUGAGGAUCUGCUGAUCCACGGCCACUCUGUCCAGGACUACCGGGCCAUCUACCACUCGGUGGUGGACCCCAUGCUGAGGACCAGGUCAGGAAACACCCGCCGAUACAACCUCGGCAUGGGCCGCGCCAUCAAACAGCGUCUCUGGGAGAGGAUGUCCUGCCCCACCUUUGAGGAGACGGUGGACGCUGAUGGCCGGGUCCAUAUCACCGAGUCCUUUAGCACCCCCACCCUGAACUGCUACGCUCCACAGAUCGAUGUGGACAUCAGUGGGGAGCCCCUGCCUGGGGAGCCAAUGAGGAAGAGGGCCAGGCGCUGACUUCAUUAGAUAGUCACCAUUGACUGUUUACUGGUCACUGCCCCUUUUUCCUUUUUUU